AUGGAACUUCUGGAGGACUACUUCGCUGGGGCCGAAACAGCAAAAAGAACAUCACGGAUUGCUGAGAUUGCAAUGUUGUCCAGGGGAUCUCAACGAGCUGGCCAUCUUCUUUGUCGUAUUGCGUCUACGAGGAAGGGCAAGUCCAACGUUGACAGGAACCUUCGCAGAUGCAUUCAUAAAGCUGGUGUCACACUUGACUUGGAUGUGGAACUGGUGAAAACCACCAUUAAGGUGAAGAAACCAAAACUUGGAAUCAAAUCGGUUUACUGGCCAUGCUUUUCCCUACGGUCUUGGGUGUCAACGUUGGCUACAUCUUUUUCUCCAAUUAUGUUUGGUGGCUUCGAUGUGGAAGAAGAACACAACUGGAGAAGAUUGUUUUCUUGGUUUUGGGCAACGUACAAAGGGUUUGACGGGGGCCAUCCCAUAUAUGAGAUGCCAGACCUCGAUCUUUCACUAUGCAUUCCAAUCAUGACCCAUGGUGACGAAGGAAGAGGAUUGUGUUCCCAAGCAUUCAUGGUGCAAUCAUUUCAAUUUGUAAUUUCACACCUUGGGCCCUUCACUACGAACACUUCCGGGCACAGCUUUACAUCCCGAAUGCUGUUCACUUGCAUCUCCUCCAAACUGUACGAUGGUGAGAAGACAUUGCGUGACAUUAACACUGAAUGGGCCAAACAAUUGCAUUCACUUUUUCACGAAGGUGUUCAGGUGGGUGGCAAGACGAUCAGGUUGGUCUGGAUCGCCGGCAAAGGCGACUGGCCUUACCUGAGAAAGGCUUUCAAUUUGGAAACCGGCUUUACCUCAAAGAGGGUGUGCCACCUUUGCACUGGUGAGGAAUGGUACCGAUUUGACAGCGAUGCUGCUUGGAGGGGUCCUGGUGGGAGACCGGGACCAUCACCUUUCAAAUCUGAUGGCAAUGUCUUUUCAAUCGUUCCUGGAUGCACUCCUGAAAGAAUCAAACCAGAUCUGGUUCACAGCUUUCACAUUGGUUUUGGGGCUGACCUCGCCGCAUCGAUCAUUGUUUGGCUAGCUCGACUCGAUAAGUUUGGACGCCUUGCUUUUGAUGAACGACUACGUGUGGCAUACAGCAUGUUUCAGGAGUAUUGCCAUGAACAAAAACGAUACAACUCGUGUGAUGAAUGGUGUCUAAAAAAAAUGGGAAUGACAUCGAGCUCUGACUUCCCGACCAGCUUGGGUGGCAAGGGCCAUGACACGGCCGUGGUUUGCAGGUGGUUGGAGAAGUUAUUGAUGGAUAUGGAGUGUGAGACACCAGAGAUGGAAACAAUGAGAUACACCAUCCAAUGUGUGAACAUGUUCUUCGACAUCCUGUACUCCAAUGGAAUUUUUCUUCCUGCGAAUGAUGCUCUACAAGCUCAAGAAUAUGCAAUGCGUGUUUGUGAGGGCUACAGCCAAUUAGCCUCAAUGGCACAUGGCACUGGUCAAAAACUUUUUAAGUUGAGACCAAAGUUGCAUAUGCUUUACGAAAUUGCCCUGCAGCUGCAUCCUCAUGGACCAUAUGUACUUUCCCCAGUAGCGACAUGCUGCUGGACUGACGAGGAUUAUAUAGGAAGAGUGUCUAAAGUUGUUCGCUCUUGCCAUGGUGCUAGUCAAUCCAUAGGGGCUAUGCGGAAAACUUUAGGGAUGUACAGGUUGCAAUUCACCCGCAAUGCAGCCAAAAAGCAUUCAGCUUCAGCGAGAUGA